UUUAUCGCUGGGUUUAGGAUACGUCAUCGGAUUACAUUGUGACAUCUAAGCUCUACAGCAGGCAAAAUCAUUUAGCAGUGGAUCAUCAAGAAACACACCCCAAGUCAUCUACCAAAGAAGGGUCACGUACACAAGGAGAGAUGAGGAUUGUUCUGGUGGGAAAGACUGAUGCUGGAAAGAGUGCAUCAGGAAACACCAUCCUGGGGAGAGAAGUGUUUGAAUCAGAGUUCAGCCCUUCCUCUGUGACGGCACAGUGUUUGAAGGAGAGAGGGAUCGUGGAUGGGAGAGAAGUGUAUGUGGUCGACACUCCAGGCCUGUUUGACACAGAUCAAACUAAAGAGGAGAUUUCAAAGGAGAUUGUAAAGUGCAUCUGUUUAGCCUCUCCGGGGCCCCAUGCAUUUUUAGUGACUAUUCAAUUGGGCAGAUUCACACAGGAGGAGCAAGAAACAGUAAAGAUUAUUCAGAAUGUAUUUGGGAUAGAAUCAAGGAAAUACACAAUGGUACUCUUCACUCAUGGAGACAAAUUGAAGAAAAUAACUAUUGAACAAUUUAUAAGUCGGAGUAAAGAACUUGAUAAGUUCACAGCUCAGUGCCAUGGAGGAUACCAUGUCUUUAACAACCAGGACACAGAGAAUCGUGCUCAGGUCACAGAGCUGCUGCAGAAGAUUGAUAAGAUGGUGGCAGCGAACGGGGGAGGCUACUACACCACUGAGACGUUUCAGAAAGCAGAAGAAGAGAUUAAAAAGGCGAAGGAGAAGAUCCUGAAAGAAAAUGAAAAGCAGAGAAACAGAGAGCUGGAGAAGCUCAGGAAACAUAUUCAGAACAUAGAAAAGCUGACCCAAGCUUCACAAGAACUUAAACAGAAGCAUGAGAGAGAGGCUAGGAAAAAAGCUGAGGUUAGCAAUGGUUUCAUCGGUGCAUUUUGCGGUGCAGCGGUAGGUGGAAUGAUCGGCGCUUUAGGGGGUGGAUUGAUAGGGAUAGCGGCUGGGCCAAUAGGUGUUAUAGCAGGGGUAGGAUUUGGAGCAGGAACCGGAGCAGCAAUAGGAUCUGGAGUUGGUGCAGGAAUGGGUGUAGGAAAAGCUGGAGAUAAUUGUACCCUACAGUGA